GGCACUUCCUGAGACUCGGCCAAGUUUCAGCUGCUGCCAGCCACAGCCAGCUCCUGCGGAUAACUUCCUCCAGGUGCAGAGGGCGUUAAAGGCUUGGCUACUGUGGUUAGGACCUUCUCUUCGCCCUGGUCAAGAAAGGGAAAGGAAGGAUGUCUGCGUUGGGGGCUGCGGCUCCAUACUUACACCAUCCAACUGACAGUCACAGCGGCCGGAUCAGUUUCCUGGGUUCCCAGCCCUCUGCAGAAGUGACGGCAGUGGCUCAGCUCUUGAAGGACUUAGACAGGAGCACCUUCAGAAAGUUGUUGAAACUCGUAGUCGGGGCCCUCCAUGGGAAAGACUGCAGAGAGGCCGUGCAGCACCUUGGUGCCAGCGCCAACCUGUCAGAGGAGCGUCUGGCCGUCCUGCUGGCGGGCACACACACCCUGCUCCAGCAGGCUCUCAGGCUGCCCCCUGCCAGUCUGAAGCCAGAUGCCUUCCAGGACGAACUCCAGGAACUUGGCAUUCCCCAAGAUAUGAUCGGAGAUCUGGCCAGUUUGGCAUUUGGGAGUCAACGCCCUCUUCUCGACUCUGUAGCCCAGCAGCAGGGAUCCUCGCUGCCUCGUGUGUCGAAUUUCCGGUGGCGGGUGGAUGUGGCCAUCUCAACCAGUGCUCAGUCCCGCUCCCUGCAACCGAGUGUUCUCAUGCAGCUGAAGCUCACAGAUGGAUCGGCACACCGCUUCGAGGUGCCCAUAGCCAAAUUCCAGGAGCUGCGCUAUAGCGUGGCGUUGGUCCUUAAGGAGAUGGCAGAGCUGGAGAAGAAGUGUGAGCGCAAACUGCAGGACUGAACCCUAGUACUGUGGGGUGCUGAAGCUGGUACCAGAACCCGGUCCCACUGGUGAUGAGGAUGUAAGAACAUAUUUUAAGUGAAAAGACAGCUGGGACUUUUGGGUUUUGUUUUACAAGUAAACAGCUGGGCUGAGGCUGGAGAAUGUGAAAUGUAAGGCCGGCCUCGGUUUUACAUAGUGAGGCUCAGUUUCGAAUUAAAGAGGUAAAGCAACUA